CAGUCAGUUUUCUUGAAGCUGACAUCAAUACAGCAACUUCCGAUACUUGCAUUUGCCGUCGUUGGUUACAUUCAAAGCCGAAAACGUUAGAUUUUGUGGAAACAAAACACACACUGAAGGCCCAGGAAAGAAGGCAAGGGCAAGCCGUCGGCCAUUACUGAACAUCCAAGAAUAGAUAUUAUCUUUUGAUUUCUUUGAACAUUAUCAAUUACUGGAUUUCAGGAAUCUGCUAUUGCAGUUUUCAGUAAUAUGUGGCUGCAUGUUACUCAUCUCUUCCAAAACAUUGGGAGGAAUUGCACUCUACAAAUAAAUAAUUGGGUGAAAACUAAAAUGGGUUUGGCCAGGUACCACUUUAUGUUCCACAGCAGAAGCCUGGUUCUGACGCCAUGUGCAAGAAUUGAAGAAAAAAAUGUUAGCCCUGAUAAAAUAGAUUUAGAUAUUUGGAAGACGAUCAUGAAAGAAAAUGCAACUGAAACUCCUGACCCACUCUCCUCUGAAGACUCUGGAGACUCAUUCCUUGCUGCCACAAGAGAGCUAGUUCAAAUGUGGCAACUAGCUGGAAAGACAGUACCAGAGAACAUAACUGAUGAACAGCUAAGAACAGUUCAAGAACUGGCUACUAAAUCUGCAAAGAAAAAGUUUCUUAAGUACUUGGCAAUCAAAGAGGGUAAAAAGAAAGCCAGAAAAGAAAAACAAAAAUUAAAGCAAGAAACAGCAAAUAUUUUGCAGAAAGAAGUUAAAAGUGAGGAAAGAGUCGAGUUAAAGAACACUUUUCUUUUACAAAUCUGGCAAAGGACUUUUGAUGUAAUGUACAGUUGGCGGACAGCUCAGUCGAUGGUGUUUGGCCAGUCACUGGUAUUUGAUAUGAGUUAUGAAAACUACAUGAACCGUCGAGAAAUGGAAAAUACAGUCUCGCAAUUAUUGGAAUGUGAAGGGUGCAACAGGAGAUCCUUGGACCCAUUUCACUUGCAUUUCUGUAACCUUGACUUACAUGGAGUUUAUUAUAAGGAGCUUUUGAAACGUUAUGGAGAUGCUUGGGAUAACCUCUUAAUAACAGCAACGGAUAAGUCGUAUAUUGACAUUUUUCCUAAAGACAAGCUUGUGUAUUUAACUGCAGAUUCACCUUUUGUAUUGAACACAUUUCAGCAUGAUAAAGUCUACAUCAUUGGAUCCCUCGUUGAUAAGUCUAUUCAGACAGGACUGUCUCAUGCAAAUGCAAAGCGUUUGAAGUUGGCAACUGCACGUCUUCCUUUGGAUGAGUAUUUGAAGUGGAACUGUGGUGCAAAGAAUCUUACACUGAACCAAAUGAUCAACAUUUUGUUGACUGUGAAAGAUACAGGGAGCUGGCAAGAGGCUCUCAAAUAUGUUCCAACAAGGAAACAUGACGGAUUAUUAUCAGUUCCACUAGAACAGAGAUACUGGAGCAGAAUAAGAAAACAGAGGAAUAACUUUGAAGCAGAAAAGAGAGCCAGGUGGCAAAAGUCCACUUGAAAAUACAAAUUUAAAAAAGUGCAGAAAUCGUUUCAAGUAGUCAUAAAAUAAAACAAUGGUGGAUAGAUGCAGAUGAAAGAUUCAGAAAAUAUUUUAAGUACUGAUUCAGUAACAAUAAAUAUUUGUCGUUACUUUGAUUUUUAUGUUGAAUUGCUAUAUUAAAUGAUAUAAAUAUAACAAUUAGCACA